AUGAAGCCGUUGGGGCUUUGGGCCGCCUCUUUGCACCGGGCCGUGCCGUCGUACACGGGCGGGUGGCGGCUGUGCACGACACUGGUGCCCUCGGGCGUGCCCGCCGGCCCGCCGCCACCGCCGCGCCGCGUGCCGCCGCCGGGCCGGGCCAUUUGUUUGUGUUGGAGGCUAAGAGGGUUACAUGCGAUGGCCCUUGAAGCAAAACAGGCUGCUCUGUGUUUCAAGAAAGUUUUGAGGUUGUCCGUUCGAAAAAGCUAUAGAUUUGUUUCCGAACACCCUAUCCUUUUCGGUUUGGGUGUUUUGCUCUAUCUAUUGUACAGAUCUUCACCAAGGCUCUUUGUGUUCCUGCUUUCUUCUUCACCUGUAAUUAUAUGCACUGCUCUUCUUCUUGGAAUCCUACUGAGUUAUGGAGAAAUUAAUCUUCCUGAGGCUAGUGAAGAUCACAAGGGCACUCCAGAAGUUUCAACUUCCAAGGUUGGAAAUUCGUCCAGUGAUACCCACUUUGAAGAAAAUCAGAGACCUUCAGUGCUUGAAUUUAGGGAGAAUGCAUCAAACUUCAAAGAGAGGGAAAAUAAACAGACAGUUUCAUUCAGAGAGAGGGCUAGCGAGCAUGUUGAUCUUGAUGAUUAUGUCCCUCUUCUGAAGAGAGCUGAUGAAGAAGAUGAGAGAGGUGAUCGGUGUAACAUACCUAGAACACCUACACCGUUUCCUUCUAUGGUCAAUCUUUGCCAAGAGUCUGGGAUCGGGGAGGACAUCACCUUCACCAAGAAAAGACAAUUGGAAGGUCCUUUUUUCAUUCAGGAUAUGGCUGACUGUCAGACUAGCCUAUUUGAUGAGGCCUGUCUGAGUGGUCUGAAUGACAAAGAUGCACCCUUUGGUUUGUUUUCUUCUAGUGAUAAUGUUAAUAAGCAUGCUGAGAUGGAGGAAAAUCUAGUAUUUGCAGAUUCAGGAGCUAGUAAAGAGAGAGCUAUUUCUGAAGAGAAGCAAACUGAAGAGCUUGCUGGAACUAGCGAACAAGCUGCUUCUGUCCUUAUUCACCAAUUGGAAAAGAACGGCGAGCUUAAUGUUGAUACUAGCAAUGUUGUUGAGGACAACUUGCUUGAUUCCUCUCAUGGCUCACCAUGGGCAAGAGUUAGCAGUCAGGAUGGUUCAUCUGGUUUUGACUCUGAUCAGGCUGAGAGUUCUUCUCCUGAUGCUUCCAUGACUGACAUUGGUCCAGUUCUUGAUGAGAUUGACCCACUUUUGGGUGCUGAUUCCAAUCGCCCCAGUCCUAUUCCUAAGGAUGAUUCAGACACAGAUUCUCAUGUCUCAGAGGAUCAUCAAAUUGACGAUGAUAGUAAUGACGAGGGUGAUGACAUUGAUGCUAAAGAUAAUGUGGAGGGGAAGAAGAAAAAUGAUGGGAAGGAAGCUGCAUUUCUUUGGACAGCAGAUGAUGAAAAGAAUCUCAUGGAUCUUGGGUAUUCUGAGAUGGAAAGAAACCGCAGAUUGGAAAUUUUGAUGGCUAGACGAAGAUCCAGGAAGAACAUAAAGUCCGAAAUUGAUAACAACCUGACAGACGUUGAUAGUAAUGGUGCUGGUAGGAGUUUAGAUGAUUUGUCACGCUUCCGUGCACAUGUACCUCUCAUUGCAGUGCCAAGGAGGAACCCUUUUGACCUUCCAUAUGAUUCUGAAGAAGCAGCAAUUCCUGGCUCAGCUCCUUCAAUUCUGCAUGCACGGAAGAACUCAUUUGAUCUUCCCCUUGAACAGUCCAAUGACAGCGUUGUCGUCCCUGCCCCAGAUAGUUUAAACUCUGGAGAACCUGUGAUGUCUCCUCGUUGUGACACGAUCUUCAGAAGGCAUGAAAGCUUUAACUUUGGAAGGAUAGAUGCGAUCCAGGAGAAGCGUUUUUCUAGACUCAAGCCAUAUUUUGUCGCUGAAACUGUGGAAUGGAAUGCAAGCAAUUUCCAAAGACAGUUCAGUGAUAAGAGUGAGUCUAAAAUGAGCUCUGUUACUGAAUCUGAUAUCGCUUCUUCAGUUGCUGAUCAAGAGGAUCACAAGGACCAUGAUGAAAAGGACCUUGCAGAUGUUGGAAGUGAAUGCUCAGAUGGUAUCAACUCCAUAGAUGUUGAACAAGACAACAGUGACAUUGAUGACCGUGAGAUUGCUCUACAGCACUUUGUCUUUGAAAGAUCGCAAGAAAGGGAAGCACAUCUUGCUUCAACUAAAGGAAAAGGUCAUGAAGAAGAUUAUACGCCCAAGUCAGCUGGGAGUUCCACGAUGCCAUUUCAUGCAGUUCCUGACUUGCUUAGCUGGGAAGAUGGAGAUGGUAGCAACAGCCUUGGUGCUAAACCUUCUUUCCAACUUAACACAGAAGUUAAAUGCUCAGAAUGGGUUUCGUCCUCCAGGCCACCUGUGGAGGGUGAAUCUCAUUCUGGGGACCUUCCAGAGUACCUUGACACUGAAGUUGCAUCAAGCUCAAACACAGUUGUACUUGGUGCAAGCAAUACAGCUGAGAAAGGUGGAAAUGUUGAUCUCAUGUCCUAUUCAAACAAUGAAAUGCCAUUAGAUAACCUGAUUCAUGGGUCCAUGGAGCACUUUGAUGUUGGAUCUGAUGGAACUCUGAGCUCUGAAGUUGUUUCCUCGUAUCCUCAAGCUAAUGAUGUCAUCCAAUCUCCAUCAAGUGAACAUGAAGAAAUCUUGAAUCCCUUUGUUUUGAUGGCUGCUGAACCUAAGAAGGUGGAUAUAAGUGACAUGUAUGGCGAAGCAACUGCAGGAUAUAUACUUGAUUCUGAUGACGAGGCUGAUAAAAUCUAUCCUGAGCCUAUGGAGGGCAGUGGAAUUGAUGAAAGUUUCCUGUCGGAAUUAGAUGCAGUGGGAGACUUUGGAGUUGAACCGAUGAGACUGGACCAGCAGGUGACAGAUCAGGCUUCCCAUGAUGAUAUCCAUACCAAUAGUGUUGCUGCAGAUUCCGUUAUUAGCCCUCAGACAUCUGACAACGUCUCCUUGACCAUGUCAGAAGUUGGUGCUGAAGACUCCAGGGAGCAGUCCUCAUUGGUUGAUGACCUAAAUGGCCCUGAAUUUGGCUGGUCAUUUGGAGCAUCUCAUGAUGACCCUGAGCAGACUGUCUACAAUCCUCGGAGACGGAUUCUCGAAGCAAGCCCCUUUGAAGCAAUGAACAUGGAGUUGAAGCCACCACACGAUGAGUCAGAAGUGCCUGCUGAUGAUACACCAUCACCAGCAACCUUAGCAGCUGGAUCAAGUGAGCCAGAGGUCACUAUAAAUGGGUUAGUGACAUCUACAACCGAUCCUGAGAUUACUGUUCUAGAUGCAAAGUCUCUGGAGGAUAUUGAGACUGCCUUUAAGCUAGUUAGUGAUGGUGUGGUUUCUGAGGCCACCAUGGAUACUGAAGCUUUGCAGAUCUCAGGUGCUGAUGCUGCAGAUCCCAAAGGGGCUGCUGGAGAGCUGCAUGUCAUUGAUGCAAAAUCUGUGGACGACAUGCAUGCUGCUUUCCAGAAGCACUUUGAUGCUAUUGUGAAUAGUUGCUUCGAAGAAAAUGAAGACAAGUAUGGGCAUGUAGAGACUGCAGAAUCCACGAAGGCUGAUGAACUUACUGAAGCAAUACAUAACGAAAGUCAGCACAACCUAGGAGAUGCUAGGGAGGCUUUACCAGUGGAGGGUACAAGCAAUAUGAGCACUAGUGAAGCAGAGAGUCACGAUGACAUUGAUGCAGCAUCCAAUAAGGUCUUCCAUAGUUGUGCCAAGAGUACUGCACAGGCAGUGGAGUUAGAGGUUUCUCAUGAAAGAGAAGAGGAAAGUGAACAUCAAUAA